AAGACAGGCAGACGCACAGAACAUCGUCACAACUGCUCCACGCUAUCUUCAGAUUCCAGAACUGGACAAUGUCUGUUUACAAGAUGCUUGAUUACAUGAAGUGUGGCGGUCUGGUUCUGAUUGUUCUUCUCGUGGUGGAGCUCAGCUUUCAUUCCUUUCCUGAGGUGGAGGCUGCAGCUGGAGGAUGCCCGGACUGCAGGCUGAAGGAGAACAGCCGGUUCUCAAGGCCAGGGAUACCCAUUUUCCAGUGUAAAGGCUGUUGCUUUUCCCGUGCUUAUCCCACACCAAUGAGGUCCAAGAAAACAAUGCUGGUUCCCAAGAACAUCACUUCAGAGGCUACAUGCUGCGUGGCAAAAUUAUUUUCCAGGGUGACCUUAAUGGGAAAUCUGAAGAUCGAGAAUCACACUGACUGUCACUGUGGCACUUGUUACUAUCACAAGUCCUAAAACUGUAAACUGAAAGAGUAUAUUAAUUGCAUGUGCUUGAAUCUGCAGUCAUUUUAUGUAACUUUGCUUUUAAGCUGUGUAAUGGACAUACAGUAGGAAAUUAGUUCAUCUUUUCCAAUCUUAUGUGGAACUUGCAUGUCAUCAGUAUGCACAUUGAAUUCUCACAUUUUAGGUAACUAAUCUAGAAAUACUCUCCCACUCACACUUUUCCCCCUCUCUUCUCUGUACCCCACCUGGAACUGCAC